CCCCCUUCUCCCACUACUCUGAAUAAUACGAGCCCUCGCCCUGCCUGGAAAUGCGCAAAGGGGCUAGAGCAAUAUAGGAUCCUGUAUAAUGUAUUGAAGUCUUUGCAGACUGGAGGGCUCCGCACCCAAACCUUGCCAACGUAAUUCUAACUCCACUUCUCUGUCUGCUUCCAGACUCAGCAGACCCAACUAGAUCCAGCUCCAUCCUCCUCCCUCCCUCCUCCGUCCCUCCCUCGUGUGAGGCAAUUCCCAAGAGUGGUUUUUUGUUUUCUCCAUCCCUCGCUCAACAACGCUCUAAAGUGAAGUGUGGCGCAGGUUCAGAGACGGCUUCUGAUCCCAACGCUGCACAGGCAAAGUACCUUUAAGAGUACCUUAUUAGGCCUGGUUUGGCUGGCAAGCCGCGCCGUUUCACACUACGACCAUCCGCGCCAGGCACGACCCAGAGAAGCCCGUCUAGCAAUCAUCCCGCACCAAGCAGCACAGCACCGCACUGCCCUUCACCCUGUCCCUCCGCGACCUGACAUUUACCUUUUGGACCUCGAGAGACGCGCUCCACUUCAUGAUGGUUUCCUAAGCCAAGUGCCAAAUUUACGAACCCAGCCUUCCAACGCUGCUGCACGCACUGCACGUGGAGCUCUGAACUCGCUCGUCGAUGUUACGGCCCUGACGACCCAGUGCCAUGGAUAGUUCGAAAAGCUGCGACCAGGCCUUCAUCCUACAACCGCAGGGCGACGAUGGGUGGGACAGCGAACCUCAGGGAGCAAUGACAAUGUCUGCGGACUCGAGAGAAUCCGGACCGGCUGCAUGGGAUGGGAAUGACUUUGCAAACCCAUCUUUCGGUGCCCGGGCAGCUGUCAGGUUGAUACAGACGGGCAGACGGGAGAAGAUGGGCUUUGAGGUGCGGAGGAGGGGUUCGAUUGCCAUGUUUCCAUUUCUGCUGGUGCUGAUUGCCAGCCUGUGGGUCGUGCCAGCAUCUGCAGUCCUGGUCGACUUCCAAAAUUGCCUGUCAGAUGCUGCGAAGAGCAAUCGGCCCCUCCAGUUGCAAUUCGUUCCUCUGUUUGUCGAUGCCAGAUUCAAUACCACCGAUCCGAACCACCAACUCGCUAUUACGGUAUGGGGCAACAUUACUGGUUCAACAGUCGGGGAUGCGCCUCGACUUGUCCUCCCAGGAGCAAAUGAUACAGAAUAUUGGAACAGCAAUUCGACUUUGAACGGAGGGAAGAUUGUCGACAGCCCAUAUCCAGAGGCACAGUUUCCGAAGCUCACAACACUGUCAAAUAAGGUCAAUGUACUGACCUAUGAGCCCUGGAGCCAGGAUCUAGACUUCUGCAAUUCGCUCAUCAACGCAUCUUGUCCCCUUGGCCCGAAAUUCUUUGUCAAUGAGUAAGUCUCAUCUCAUGUACUGCAAAGAUAUAUCAGAGUGUCACUAAUCCAGUCGUGUUAUCAGGAGCGAUCCUCAAAGCUAUCCAGCUUUUCAAUUGAAAAACAACUUCUUCUCAACAUACUCGUUCACAUCCAUUGCUGCAACACUUCUGAUUAAGUAUGGAGAUCAAGCCGCAACUCCAAUCGGAUGUACUUCUGCUGUCAUUACACCAGAUCUCGGGAACACUCUAAGCAAUGUCCUCACAUAUAUCCCCGCAGUCAUCUUGAUCAUGGUUGCAAUUGCAACUGCUUUUGCAGCAAUUUUCAGCCCGUGGGGUACGACAGAUACAUUUCGCUGGACCACUAAUUAUGGCCGUGAUGCAGACCUUCUCCGUUUGGUCACUCCUGGAUUUGGAGACUGUUUGCAAUAUAUCCAGUUCAUUGUUCUUACAGGAGGUCUCACUCUUAGCUACCCCGGAUUUUACCAGCCUAUUGUCAGCAAGGCAUCAUGGUCAACCUUGAUGUUUAACGAGAGUUUUGUCCGUAACACGACUUCCAAUCAUGGACUUGUUGACGGGAUAUAUGUGGUGCAUGGCGAAUAUGGUCUCGACAAACUCCGACAACUGGUGGGCUUGAGUGGGAUCGAUGAUGUAUGGGCUGGCAUGACUAUUUGGCUCCUAGUGAUCCUUGCAGUGGUUCUAGUCUUGAUACAAAUCGGGUUUUUCAUCCGAUGGGCCUAUCGACAUCUUAGCAACACACCAGAAGAGGAUCUCCGGGCGAAGAAUAUGCCCUUCUCCAUUGGCAAUGUUAUCCGCAUUGUCUUUAAUUAUUUUCUCCUACCUAUCGUCGCACUAUCGAUGUUUCAACUGGUGGUGGCCAACAAGUCACCUGCAUACACUGUUGCCCUUGCAGUUGUAAUGCUGGUGCUCAUCAUUGGAUUCGCAAUCUGGCUCCUCUACAUUAUCGCCUCCACCCGACCAAAGUCAUAUCUUUUCGACGACCUCCCAACGGUCCUUCUUUAUGGAUCCUUGUACAAUACAUAUUCGGACAAUGCUGCGCCGUUUGCCCUUAUUCCAAUCACAUUGACCUUCGUUCGGGGUGUCGUUAUCGGUGCUGUUCAGCCCUCUGGAAUUGCACAAAUCGUGAUUCUUGCUAUCUGCGAGGUUAUCACUAUCCUUACACUCCACGCCUUCCGACCAUUUCACUCACCAACUUCGAUGAACGCUUUCCAUACCGUUUUCUCUGCUGUGAGGUUCGCUACAAUUCUUCUCAUGGUUGCAUUUGCUCCAUCGCUCGGUGUUACGGAAGGACCCAAGGGGUGGAUCGGCUAUGCUAUUUUGUUAAUGCAUGCACUUGUGCUGAUAUUUGGCUUCUUUCUUAAUGCCGUACAAACUAUAAUUGAAGUUGCAGCCCGUAUGGCAGGGGCUGGAGGAGACGAGAGUGGAGCGGCAAGAGGUGGUCUUGUCAAAGUGUUCGGUAUGCGACAGCUGUCUAAACGUUUACCACGGCGUGAUGCUGCAUCCCGACAGAGCCAAUUGUCAAGCGCAGCCAUAUUAGAUAUGGAGAAUGAGAGGAAGUCAUAUGUGGUCGGCGAUGGCAGAAAUAGGAGCCAGUCGGCAGGCAGUACUAUCUUACUCAACAGUCAGAAUACUGGCCUUGAGUACAAUGUCGAGCCGUUUGGCGCCAUCCCACCCCAGCAGGUCAGUGGUAGUGGAGGAAAUAGCUCCUACACUGCAACCACACCUCGAGAGGCAAGCACAUAUUCGUUCUUGCCAUCAGCUGCAGCACCUUCAGGAAGACGACCAGUCCUCGGACUAGCUACAGCCGAAGCGUCCGAUCCAUACUACCGACCACCCAGAUUACGUCGACCUACAUUGGAUGCGUAUUCCCCGGGUGCCAGAAGCAGAGGCUCAUGGGCGAGUGGAGACUGGGCAAACAAGACUUUUAGUUCUCCAGAGGCAGAGACCCCAGAGGCAGUUGAUGAAGGCCCGUCAAUAUCGGGACGAAAUACUCCAACUGCUCCUCCAGGGGCUGCGCUUGAUGGCAGUCCAAGUGACCCAAGGAGGUCCAAAGCCGAUUACACUACUCGAGAGGUGGAUUUCUACUACGGAGUACGCGGUCCAGCUUUGAAUGCUAACAUUCCAAGUCGGAGAAUCAAAACAGGUCCAGCAGAUCCCACUGGAAUUCCAGCCUCUGCUGCUGGAUGGUUCAAAGGCUUAUUUGGAGGCAAGACCAAAGAGAAGGGUAAAGGCUUCGAAGUUGUCCGAAGCUCAAGAAUGCCUCCUGGGAUGCAGGCUCGAAACGCUCCAGGUCAAGAGACUCCACCUGAGGGGAUACCUGUUGCCACUGCUGGCGUCGUCAGAAGUGGACCAAUCGAUUCAGACGAUGACGAGCCGGUCCGCGCCGGGCCUUCGAAAUCAACACCCGCGCAGACUGAAGGCACGUUAGUGGAACCUCUUCGAUCUGACGAGGAAACGGAAGAAGAAGAAUCCGACGAUGAUUUUGAAAUUACGAGGAUAUCGGACAUACCACCAAAUCUUUCAGGUCUGGACAUUCCAGGAGGCGGCAUCGAGCUUCCAUCUAGAUUCCCUUCGAAAGCCACGUCAAAGGCCAGUUCACGACGGACGAAAGUAUCCAAUGCGCCCAUGGUUCCAGGCAUGCCAACUCGGUUACCAUCCAAUAAGCCAUCUGUACCAAGAAAGAGCUCAAGGAGGAAAUCUCAGAGUGUCGACCUCACCCAACCGGGAGCAGAAUUUCUCCACCAACACCGUACUCAGCAGUCCCUGGAUAUUGGAGGCAAUAGCUCACGAACCCCGUUUGACCGCAGUAAUUCAAACAAGCGUCACUCUGACAUUUCCUCAUUAUCAAGCGUGACAGGACCGACAGCGUUUGGACACUCCCGGGAGGGCUCAUCAGCACUGGGGAAAUUCUCUGAAGAUCUAAAUGACGAAAGACCUACUAGUAUGGGCUUCGUACAUCAGCACAGUAUCCGCACUGUGACUCCAUCCGAGAAUCAACAAUAUCUUGGAAGCUCGGCAGAAGUUGUUGAUGGCCGACUCAGCGCCGCGUCGUCGAUGGACCACCCUCGACAAUGAUAGCGCCAUUGCAUGAUCUUUUUUAAUCCAAACAUCAUGAUUGCGACACAGCAACAACGAAUUUUCUUUUCUUUCUCUGUUUGUUCAGUUUAGUAAGCACUGACGGAAUGACAAAAAGUGGUUUGGCGUUUAUAUGAUUGGGACCUUGGCCUACUUCUCUGCCAAUCAGCCUCUCAUCUCUUCAGACCGAAGGAAUGAAGAGAAGGGCAUCGCAGUCAGCGCUCUGUAUGUACUGUAGAAUGGGGGCUGGAGUAAAUGGGUUUGGCCCUGGGAGGAUGACUGAAUUGCUUGCUUACUUGCUCGCUUUUUCUUUUGUUUAAUUUUCCUUUCUAUUUACUUAAUGCUUGGCAUUCGUGUCGAUAGGGUCUGGGACAGACUGUGGGUGGAGGGAAUUGAGAUUGGCCUAUGAGGGAUCUGGAUAGCGGAUUGAUCAUUUUCUUGGUAUCAAGAGUGGAGGAUGUCCACUGCUGAAAAUAGGGCUGUUGAUGAGCAAAUGAGAGGCUCGGUGCGUAGGCCUAGCUCGGUAAUGGGCUACUGGAAGAAAGAGAGACCUUGUAAAUAAUAGUAGUCAUACCUUCCUACACUGUAAUAAUCACAAAAACUGAGUACUAAAA